GACUGCAUUCAUGGUGGGCUCUGCAUCCACUGCUGCCUUUUUCAAACCGUUUCCCUCCCUGCAAACAAAACGCUUUAGCCGUUAGACAAUGACUCCUGUCCCUUCCUCCCAUCUCCUGACAACCUGCUCUAUGUUUGGAGAUUAUUUAUUCCAGCUACUCUGUAGAAGUGGAGUCAGACAGUAUUUGUCUUGUGCAUAUGACUUACUUCAUUUCACAUAAUGUUUUCAAGGUCCCUCUCUAUUGUGGCAUACAUCAGAACUUCAUUCUGUCACCAUUAUAUAAUUGUCUGUCCAUCCAAAUAGUGAUGAACUUAUGUGGCUUCUUCUUGUUGGCUCUUGUGAGUCAUGCUACAGGAAGCAGUGGAAUACAAGUACCUCUUUGACUAGUUUCUAUUCCUUUAGAUAUAUAUAUACCUAGAGGUUAUAUGAUGGAUUUGUGGGCCAAUAACUGUGUUUAAUUUUAGAAGCAAAGAAAUCGUUAGUAAGCAAAUGUGCAUGUAUCAGUGCAAAGAUGGGUAUUCUGUCUUUUUUUUAAUUGUUAUUUUGGAGGUGAGAAUGGAGAUGGGUUGGGAGAGUGUUUGUCUAGCUUGAACAUAGUCUGGGUUUGACCCCCAGAUGUAUAAUCAGUAAUGGUGGUGCCUACCUGUUAAUAUCAGCACUUAGCAGGUGGAGGCAGGAGGAUGAGAACUUCAAGGUAAUCUUCAGCACUACAGAGUUCAAGGCGAGCCUAGCUACAUGAGAAGACAGUGCCUUUUCUUAGCCUCCGUUUGGUAGUGAUCAGCUUCUAAACUGAGCAUAGCCAGCAGGUGACUAUAUGAAGAAACAGAACAGAAGUAGACCUGUCUGAGAAAUGGGAGAGCACAGGUCUACUGCACAUCAGUAUUUUCUAUAUGCUUUGUAUGUGUGUGUGUACACACAGUGUGUGUACAUGUGGGCAUGCAGGUGCAUGAGCUCAUGUGCACAGCAUGUGGUGGGCAGAGGAAUACCUCUGCUGUCACUCCUCAGGUGCUAUCCACUUAGUUUUCUGAGUCAGGUCUCUCAUUGGCCUAGGACUUGGCAAGUACACUAGCUAGCCCUGGGAUCCACCUGUCUCCUCACUCCAAGGCUGGGACUGCAGUUUAAAAUCGGUUCUCAUGUUUGAAAACUCAUCCCAACCCUCUAUGGAUCUUUAUUAUUCCACUAAUAUUACUGAGUGUCAUUUAUUGUCAGAUGAGUUCUUAAGAACUGAAUUUUUAAAACUUUAAGGAUUAGCAAUGGUUUUCUUAUAGUUUAUUUUAGAGCUUUGAACACUGAACACUCUACUCAUUUAGCAUAUAGCUAGACUGGUCCACAUUAAGAAAAGGAACAGUGGCUUAAACAUACACUGUUUAAUUUUCUCAUGGCCUGGGAAGGUUGAAGGCACUCAUGGGUGGUUAACCUUGCUGUCAAGGACCUAGGCUCCAUAUCAUUUCCUCUCCUGCUGUCCUUGGCUGUGGUUUGGCUCCUUUAGAUACAGCAUGCUGGCAUUGAUUCUGAGUGUCCUGCCUGAGUUCUGUGGACCAGUAGAACGAAACAAGGCCCAAGCGUCCUUGCUGCAUUUCCUUACCUUUGACUGGGAAGAGAGGCUCUCCGUGGCUGCUGACCGCAUGCCCCCGGCCACAGCGAGGCCACAUACGCUCUACUUUGUUUGGUAUUUGUUUGGCUGGGCAGACAGAAAAGGAUCAGUUAACCACUUUUGCUGUGCAUGCAAGUGGUUCCUCCGAGGCUGAGGACUGCAGCCAUCAUAGCAGGUCACGCAUCAGCAUGUAGCGUCUGAACAUCCUGUGUUGGUUAUAUUUGCCUAAAGACGUCAAUGAAGAAACUAUAAAAACAGUGUUCUCAUCUUGGGUACAGCAGUCCGCUACCACGAUGCUUCCUUUGGUAAUAUCAAAGGAAGAGCGUAUUAAGCUGGAAAUUAAAGAUGGGCUGAGAGAGUUCUCUCUGAGUACAGUUCAUUCUCAGGAAAAAGAAAAGGAAGAAGGAAAAACUGUGUUUGUGUUGAGUUCCAUCCUGCUGCAGAAGAUCUCAGUACAAGUCCUUCUAGAGCCCAUGAUAAAAGAAGAACAGAGUGCGGAAAUCGACUUUCUUCUUCCCUCUUUAACGCUGAGCUCUUUGGGGGGAGUGAGUGCCUUAGGUGCAUCUGCAAUGGAGCACAUCACUCACAGUCUCCUGGGACGCCCGUUGUCUAGGCAGCUGAUGGCCCUCGUUGCAGGACUUAGGAAUGGCGCUCUUUUGAUCACUGGAGGAAAGGGAAGCGGGAAGUCAACAUUCGCGAAAGCCAUCUGCAAGGAAGCACAGGACACUCUGGAUGCCCGUGUGGAGACAGUCGACUGCAAGGCUUUACGAGGAAAAAGGCUUGAAAGCAUACAAAAAGCGCUAGAGGUGGCUUUCUCAGAGGCCGCCUGGAGGCAGCCAUCUGUCAUUCUGCUGGAUGACCUGGACCUCAUUGCCGGACUGCCAAGUGUCCCCGAGCAGGAGCACAGCCCUGAAGCGGUGCAGAGCCAGCGGCUUGCACAUGCUUUGAACGAUAUGAUCAAAGAGUUUGUUUCCACGGGAAGCUUGGUGGCACUCAUCGCCACGAGCCAGCUCCAGCAGUCUCUGCACCCUUCCCUUGUGUCUGCUCAAGGAAUCCACACGUUUCAAUGUGUCCAGCACCUUCAGCCUCCCAAUCCGGAACAGAGAUGUGAAAUUCUGCACAGUGUUGUGAAGAAUAAACUGGGCUGUGAUAUAAGCAAUUUCCCUGACUUGGACCUGCAGUGCAUAGCUAAAGACACAGAAGCGUUUGUGGCUCGUGACUUUACAGUUCUUGUGGACCGAGCCAUACACUCUUCUCUCUCUCGCCAGCAUAGCUCCUCUAGGGAAGACUUGACUUUAACAACAUCAGACUUCCAAAAGGCUCUCCGUGGAUUCCUUCCUGCUUCUCUGCGAAAUGUCAACUUGCAUAAACCUAGAGACCUGGGCUGGGACAAGAUUGGUGGAUUACAUGAAGUUCGGCAGAUCCUCAUGGAUACUAUCCAGUUACCAGCCAAGUACCCAGAAUUAUUUGCAAACUUACCCAUACGACAGAGGACAGGAAUACUGCUUUAUGGUCCUCCAGGGACAGGAAAAACUUUACUUGCUGGGGUAGUUGCAAGAGAGAGUGGAAUGAAUUUUAUUAGUAUUAAGGGACCAGAGUUACUCAGCAAAUAUAUUGGCGCAAGUGAGCAAGCUGUUCGAGAUGUUUUCAUCAGAGCACAGGCUGCAAAGCCCUGCAUUCUUUUCUUUGAUGAGUUUGAGUCCAUCGCUCCUCGAAGAGGCCAUGACAACACAGGGGUUACAGACCGAGUAGUCAACCAGUUGCUGACACAGUUAGACGGAGUAGAAGGCUUACAGGGAGUUUAUGUGCUGGCUGCUACUAGUCGCCCUGACUUGAUCGACCCUGCCCUGUUGCGGCCUGGCAGACUGGAUAAAUGUGUAUACUGCCCUCCUCCAGAUCAGGUGUCCCGUCUUGAGAUUUUAACUGUCCUCAGCAAGUCUCUAGCUCUGGCAGAUGACGUGGACCUUCAGCACGUGGCGUCGGUCACCGACUCGUUCACUGGAGCGGAUCUGAAAGCUCUGCUGUACAACGCUCAGCUGGAGGCCUUGCAGGGACGGCUGCUGCCCAGUGGGCUUCCCGAUGGAGGCUCCAGCUCUGACAGUGACCUGAGUCUGUCUUCAAUGGUCUUUCUUAACCACAGCAGUGGUUCCGACGACUCCGCUGGAGAUGGAGAAUGUGGCUUAGAGCAAUCCCUGCUUUCUCUCGAGAUGUCUGAGAUCCUUCCAGACGAAUCAAAAUUCAAUAUGUACCGGCUCUACUUUGGAAGCUCGUAUGAAUCGGAGCUUGGAAAUGGGACCCCUUCUGACUUGAGCUCACACUGUCUGUCUGCACCAAGCUCCGUGACUCAGGAUUUACCUGCAGCUCCUGGGAAAGACCCGUUAUUUACACAACAUCCUGUGUUCAGGACACCUUCCCAAGAAGGCUGCCAAGACCUCACCCAGGAGCAGAGAGAUCAGCUGAGGGCAGAGAUCAGCAUCAUCAAAGGCAGAUACCGGAGCCAAAGUGGAGAGGAUGAAUCCCUUAACCAGCCUGGACCAAUCAAAACCACUUUUGCUAUUAGCCAGGCACAUUUAAUGACUGCACUUGCCCACACAAGACCGUCUAUUAGUGAAGAUGAAGGGAAGGAAUUUGCUGAGCUGUAUGAGAACUUUCAAAAUCCAAAGAAGAGAAAAAAUCAAAGUGGAACAGUGUUUCGAACUGGACAGAAAGUAACUUUAGCAUAAAAUACACUUCUGAUUUUCUAGAUGUGUUUGUUUUAAUGGUCUGUCCCUAAGUUGUAACUAUAAAAAUGAUGUAAAAAUUUUUUAAUUUAAUAAAUUUGGUUAAUCUAUAAAAUCACAGACUGGAAAGUGCUGUGAUUCUGCUCAGGACUACCUGAGAUUAACAGUGCAGGCUAAAGGAAGUGAUUUGUAACAGAUCGUUUAUUUUAUUCCCAAGUCUGUAUUAAAUCCUUAAUGAUAUUACGUCAAUGGUGGACCUCAUUUGUUUUCUUUUAGAGGCACUCACAGACCCAGAGUCACUGAUUUUCUGGCUUUUGGCAGAUUGUAUGCCUUGUAACUUCUUGAUUGUUUUGGGAAAAGAUACAUUCUAUUAUCGUC